UCGUGGUUGGAAACGCGAGUGUUUUCGCUUUUCUCUUCACCUGGCUGGCCUGCGUACGUGUGUUGUGUUGUUUUCUACUGUUGUUAUUCGCAUUCUUUUCCACCGUGGAUACCAGAGAAGAAGAAGAAGAAAAGCAAGUUCGAUUUUUCGGUGCAUCGAUGUUUUUGCUAAUUACGCCCCCUUAACGAUAGAUUUUAGAGAAGAUGUGCAUUCCGGUUGCUAGCUUAUUCGCGUGGUGAUGGACUGUGAAACAUAGAUCUAUGUUUGUGCGGUGCAUGGCGGUGAAAAGUAGAAUGUAAUAUUGUCUGCAGCGAUUAUCGUGCGUGAAUCAUAACAAAAGUGGCAUAAAAAUUCCAUUGGAGUUUGUGGGAUCUCGACCAGAGGCUGCCUGUUGAGUUUCUUUUUCUUCUGUGUUUCGGUCAUCCGAAGAAAUAGAUGCGAUGUGGAUAAGUGAAUAGCCAAGUGCUGAAACUAAACCUGAAAAUGGAAAAAGGUGUAUUAAUGUUUAGUGAAGAUUGAGAAUAAUUUUGAUCGAAACGUGCGUUGUUCCAGAAGGAAACCAGUGAGGUGAUGGCGUAAAAAAUUUCAGGAAAAAAGCCCUGAUAAGAUAAGCACAAUUAGCUUAGACCGUCAUCAUAUCACAUUGUGUCAUUCCCGUACAUAUUUUCAAUCGGUUGGAGUUAUUUUAUUUUGUAUAUAUUGUUGAAAAAGUGUGUAUUAGUGUGUACCAAUAGAACCAUCAAACCAUGGUGAUAGGUAAACUGCAAGCGUUGGAAUUUACGGACUGUCUGCUGGACAGUCCGGAGUUCCGGGAGAAUUUGAACCAGCAUGAGAAGGAGCUGGAGAAAACGAGCCAACAAAUUAAGCGGAUUAUCAAGGAGGUGAAGGAUCUUUUAGCUGCAGCCAAAAAUCUGUCUCGGGCACAGCGAACUCUGUCGAAGAGUCUGAACGAAUUCAACUUUGAGUGCAUCGGUUCCACGCAGACCGACGACGAGCAGGUGAUAGCGGAUAGUCUUAAGCAGUUCGGUAAGCUCAUAUCGGCGAUAGAGGAAGAGCGUGAUAAUAUGCUGGAUCGAGCGCACGAUCAGAUCGUGGGACCAUUGGAGGAGUUUCGUAAGUGUCAUAUAGGAGGUGUAAAAGAGAAUAAGAAAAAGUACGACAAAAAGACUGCCAAAUUUUGCCAGGCGCAAGAAAGGUUCCUUAACAUGUCCUCCAAAAAGCCAGGAGCUGCAGUAGUGGAGGCUGAUGCAUCAUUAGGAAUGCUAGAGAGAGAAUACCUGCAGGAGUCCCUCAGUUACGUUCUGGGAAUACAGGAAGUACAGGAAAGGAUAAAAUUCGAGUUUGUGGAAAUAAUCUUAAGAUUCAUAUCUGAUUGGCUGGUAUUCUAUCACCUCGGUCAUGAAGUAGCGGAAGAUGCCAAAGAUUAUCUAUCAGAUCUUCAGCUUAAAGUGCAAAAGACCAGGGAAAAUUUUGAUGAGACUCGACAGAAAGCGCAGGAGCUAAAACACAGAUACAUGGAGAGUAAGAUGAAACCGGAAAGCGAAUACACUAAACAGGGUUACCUUUUUCUAAUGGAAAAGAAGGCAUUCACAGCAACAUGGUCUAAAUAUUACUGUACAUACAAAAAGCAGAGUAAAACGUUUUCUAUGCUGCAGUUUAAUCAAAUGUCGGGUCGAUCGCAAUCAUCUACGGAAGUGUUAACGCUGGCUUCAUGCACGCGGCGGCUUUCAGAGUUUGAAAAGCGCUAUUGCUUCGAUUUGAUCUUUGAAGAGCGGCCGGCGAUUACGUACACAUUUCAGGCAUUAAGCGAAGAAGACCGAAAGGCCUGGCUGAAUGCAAUGGAUGGUAAAGAACCGACAUACUUAGCUCCAUCACAAAAUCACAACGAGGAUGGCAACCUGGAUGACGUCGGAUUCGCAUUUGUGCGCAAGUGUAUUGAGGUGCUUGAGCGCCGGGGGUUGGAGGAAGAGGGUCUGUACCGGAUUGGAGGUGUGAGUACAAAGAUAACAAAGUUAUUGAACAUGGGACUAGACAGAAAAAAGACUGAGAAGGAUAGAUUGAUGUUUUUCAAUGACGAGCAAAGCUCGGAUGUGUUAGAAAGUAAGACGAUAGCAAGUGCUUUGAAGCAUUACCUAAGGAAUCUGAAUGAACCGUUGAUGACGUUUCGGUUGCACCACUCGUUUAUAUCAUCGGCCAAGCAAGAGACAAGACAGCAGCGAAUAAAUGAUGUUCACCAACUAAUACACAGGCUACCUAAAAGUCACUUUGAGAUGCUAGAUAUUGUUGUAAGGCAUUUGAAGUGUGUUGCUCUCAAAUCGGAUAAGAACAAAAUGUCUGUGUUCAAUCUAGGUGUAGUAUUUGGACCAACUCUGCUGCGAGCAGCCGAAGAAACCGUCGCUGCCAUACUAGAUAUCAAGUUCAACAAUGUUGUGAUAGAAAUCCUGAUCGAAAAUUACGAUAAGAUCUUUAAAUCGCAGCCCGGAAAACAUGUUGAAUAUCUUUUUGUGUUGAAUCAUGGUGAUGGAUGUCAACUUUGUCCAAAACGAUUUUCUUUUUCUUUUGUCGAGCCCAUUCAUGUCUUAAGACCACACACAAAUACAAGCCCACCGAUGGCAUUGCAAAGAUCGUACGCUGGCAUCGGUGGAGGAGGAGGAGGUGGUGGGGGUAAUAUAGGAGUGUUAGGAGCCAGUUACGGGAAGGACCGCAAUGCCACGUAUUCCCAACCCGUUGUGAGGGUUGUAGCCAAGUCUAAUUACACCGAACCAGUAAUGUCUUCUAGCCUGCAGAACAUCUCCAACGGAAUGUCAUUGUACAGUAAAGGAACCAAUCACUAUCCCACCUAUGAGGCGAAACCAAAAAUCGUAUCAUCAAUCAACAGUUCCACUCCGUCUCUACUGCGUGACACCACCCUUUCGCCUCGUGAAAUAAGUAUAGACACUCGGGAAACUACCUACCUGAAAUCAGCACCAUCUACAAUUACAAUAAGUAGUCACAAUAGUCCACCUCCAAACCAAAACCAUCACAUGGCGCGGCAGGAUGGCGGCGGAAGCAGUCAGUUAUAUCAAAGCAACUACCAGAGUCAUCUAUUGCACAACCGAGGCGAUCCUGCGUCGAUGAUUCGUGGUGGUAGCGCAGGAUCGGAUAGUAUUUACGGUGCCACUACCACUAUGCACAAGUUGAGUCAUCCCAAUCCAAUGACGAGCAGUGAAUCCAAUCUUACCAGCACUAGAAAAGAACUUUCGAUUUAUGAUCGAAUAAAUUCUACCAGCAGUUCGAAUGAAUCCGUGUGUUCGUCGUCUAGUCGAGAUCUCAACCAUUCCUACGGAAGUAAUCGGCCCCUGACCAACUGGGAUUAUGGGACCGGUAACGGAAGCAUCGGUAUGGUAAGCAGCGCACUGAGCAAGUUCUCCAUUCGGGACGAUGCUAGUCAAACCUAUAUCCCGAAAAAGACGCAACGUGUAAAAGGCCUCACCCGUCAUACCAAGCUGCUGACACCGAGAGAUCAUUUGCGUGUGCGGACAUUGUAUGCAUGCUUGGCCGAAAAUGAUGGCGAGCUCUCGUUUGAACCAAAUCAAAUCAUUACCAAUGUAAAGCGUUCCAAUGAACCAGGCUGGCUGGAAGGCACACUGAAUGGCAAGUCUGGUUUGAUUCCAGAAAACUACGUCGAAGUACUAAAGUAAACCUACCACCAAAUAGCAAACAAACUCAGAUGAUCCUGCAGCUGUUAAAUCGAAUUGUAUGUAUAGCACAAGUGUAUUGUGUGGUAGAUUGUCGAUUUAUGAUUAGUUGUUAACUGUAGUAGUGAAGAGCGAGCGGAGAGUUCUUGGCGGACAAGUAUCUUUUCCCUAUGGAAAACGAUAAUUUCUGCAAAAACGUUAGGAAUAUUCGUCAUAGGGACAGAAUGAAUGCAGUUCAAUUUUUGCUAGUUUCCUAAACUUUUUGUUUACUUUUUCUAUUUCCUCUUUUUGAUAACUACUUUUAUACAAAGUAGUGGAAAUAUUAAAACGUUACAUUUUAGUGAUGAUUCCUAAUACGCAGUACACUAAUAUUUAACGGAUAAGAUAAAUCAAAUGACCUAAUUUUUUCAUACUUUAUACACACGAAUAAAUCGUGGCAAUGCCACUAAACAACUAAAUCACACAAAUUUGUAUGAACGAUGUAUCAUUUUUUACUUAAGGACAAGAAAAUAGAUGGCUCUACAAAAACGUACAUCUGGCAUUCUAAGCAAUGCUGCAUUCGCAUAUCGAUAUAAACAAUUUGAUAGAUGUCGAUCAUCAUUUGGCACAAUGGAUAAAGAUGCGCGUUAAGAAAAUUACGAUGUGACAGCUUUUGCUACCAAGAAAACAUAAAAUAGUGGCUUUUCCUGCAACUGCUAAUCACAUCGUAGUCAGAAGCCCAUAUUGGACCGAAUAUCGUAAAGUAGGGCUUAUUAAUGCGAGAUUUCGAUAAGCGAAUUAAAAAAAUCACAAUAACAAACAGAAAACACCAAUAGAUUCGAGGUAAUAAUGUUUUAUUAUUGAUAAUCUAGAAACAAGUAAAUGUGUAAUGGUACUACGGUAUAAAUCAAAUGUAAUCAAAUAUUUGCUUUGCAGAAAAUCAGUAAAACAACCACCUCGAUUCAAACAUAUACAUAUGCUUUAGACAAAUAAUUAAAUACUGUUACAUCGCCUCAUGUUUCAUACUUUUUCAUGCACAUCGAACUGAAUUUUUUGCUCGAGCAAAAUAUGUAUUCACGCACCGUCCAAACGAUAUGAUUAUUGAAUUGCGAACAAAUUUCUCUGUCAUUUUUGGAAUAUUGUCUGCUAUUUUUAAAUUGACGAAUGUUUUCUUCUGCAGAAAAAGUCAUAUCAAAUAUAAUGGGUUUCUAAUUGCGAGUAGGUUAGAGCAUUUAUUUUCAAACCACAACAUUUUGGUCAUUUUCAUGAAUAUAAGUAACUCGCACAUUUCACACACCUAAGGCGGAAUUACCAAUCAAUUGACCUAACAAAUCGCACUUUCGCCUAAGACUCUCAUCGUAAUCCAAACACGGCUACAGAAAACACAUGCACACUUACAGAAUUUUAGGGUAUAUCUAAGAAAAUUAUUGUAAUAUAUGUACAUUUAUUCCGAUUGAACCUAGUUUUUAGGGCAAAUACAAACAUAGUAACCAUUUUAAAAAAAGAGAUGAAUAUAUGAGAAACUAUGACACCAGAAAAAAUAAACUUUAAAGCUAAGCCUAGUACAAUAAGUGUGUAUAUGCAAACAAAAUGUGGGAAGAACAAUUGAACGAAAAAACUUUUGACAAGCAUAAAAACCCUAAUAACUAAUACUACUGCAGACACGAAAGGGAUAUCGGUCGAGAGUAUUAAGUAUAUUUUGUCACAUUUUUAUUGUUUUCAUAAGAAAAUAUGUGUGGCUUUUUACCAACAAGGAGGCACUAAUGUUGGCCUAGAUUUUUGUACAUAUUAUAUACUUUAAGAAAUGUUAUGAAAUUCCUACUCCUAUUGCGAUACGCGACAACGAGCUGGUUUGUGAUUUUACUGCGCGAAGCUGACGCAACCCGGUAGUCCCAGAUUAACCGUUGAAGCCGAUUUCCUCUAAAGGAACUUAGUCAAAAUUUUGUUCAUAUUGUCAGUUGCCAUAUAACGUACAAACUAACAGAUUCCUCGGAAGAAAAGCUAUCCUCUAUGUUUAAAUAGUAGUUUUAGCGAUAUCAAUGGAAGGGCAAUAUGCGAGAGUUAGUCAGUCAAUAUGCGUACGCUCCAUUGUCCCUUUGUCUUGGACUCUUAUUGGCGGCUGCGGCGAAUUUAUUUUUGUCAUGUCUAUUUACACAGUUCUAGUUUGGUUAUUGUUAAAGUUCAACUAUACUAAAUUUAAUCAAUAUUUUUCUUUGAUUUACAUUAUUUAUUUUAAACCCUGGUGUCGUUGCAUAUUCCAAAUCCCUAAUUGCCACGAAGGAAGAGAGACGACGAGUAGGAAAGUAGUAAAGAUAUAUAGAAAUUAGACGUCUCGCUACGCAUUUAAAUCGGUUUGCAAAUAAAGUUGUAGUUUUGCACAUUGCAUCAAUAACUUUGCAAGAAACAUAUUUGCAUUUCUCCCAGCAGGGAUCAGGAAUCUUCUGCCACGGCAGUGUGGACUCAAAAGGGAAAACCGCUGCUUAUGCAUUUACAACGUUCCCUUUCCAAUCGACACUGCAUCGGUUGCCUUGAUCUUAACCGAGAUAUAAGCAAACCAUCGAUUCCGGUUGUUUGGCAUGCGACCAACACUGCCUAUAAUCGCACAUUUGCCCUAUGUUCUAUAAGAUUCCUUAUCUACUUGAAACUGAUUUUGGGCAGAACAGCACAAAAAUAACAUCUCAAGCCAAGAACAACACACCUCAAGCCAAAGACGAUGCAGUGGAUUCGCCUCUACGUGAUCAAUAAUCAGUUAAACUAGAUUUUCAUAAACGAUUUUUUUAUGCCUUUACAUACAUGCCUCCGGAAGCAUUUAUGUCCUUUGUAUGUCUAAAAUACUGAAGUGCUAAAGGAUGGUGAAAAGACCAAGUGACAAAAUAUUGAUUUCGAGAAAAACGAGUUUAAAGUUUGAAUCGCAGCAUCCUUUACAUUAUGAUUGGAAAUUAAUUUUUGUUAUAAUUCUUGUUCAUUGUUACAUAUUUCAAAUCUGACAAAAGUCAAAUGUAGCUGACGAUAUUCUUUAUCCAGUGCAAUCAUUAUCUCAUUUUUUAUGUUUUGCGACUUAGUUCGGUCUGACUUAACACCGACCAAUUGAUCAGAGCUGUUUUUUUUUAUUUCCAAUUAUAGAGGUUUUAACCUUAAGGUCAUUCGCCUCUUCGGGUUAGAAAAAUCUCUUAGGAAAAAUUUCUAACCCUAUGUGCGGGGUCGGGAUUCGAACCCAGGUGCGCUGCGUACAAGGCAAUCGAUUUACCAAUACGCUACGCCCACUCCCACAUCAUAGCUGUUUCAGCGAGCGAUUUGAUUUCUGACAAGUAAAAUAAAAAUCAUGAAAUCUCACUGUAUUGAAGUAGCAUGGGUUGAGAGUGCAAUGGGCAGUUAGCGUUACAUACCUAUAGCAAACAGAACGAAAUAUUUUGCAUUGUGUCACGAACAACAUUACAUGCUGUGCAGAAGCCAACUAGUAAUAUGAAUGCUAUUAUUGCUUGUGAGUCACCAGUAGCGAGAUACAUCAGCGUCAUUGCGGAAGCUGGCAGACUUUGGAGGGAUGAGUUUCAGUAACUUCUUAUAAUCUUCUAGACUCAGAACACAUCGAGCGGAAGUCCCUCGUGAUAUUUAUUUUUAUAUAGGCCUUUUAGAUUAUGAAUCGUACAGACCUACUACUAAAAGUAAAUCUAGCAACAUUACAAUCAAACAAAUAUGUAACUUCAUUAAACACGCGUCAACACAUUCAGAGGGAUGCUUUGUCCAAAUUGCGUACGGUCAACGGUAAACGGAAGAAGAAGACACGGUGUCUUUUUAAACAACUUUGUACAAAAAAAAUCAGCAUCUCUGAAACUUCAGGGUAUGAAAUAAUGGGCUUUCCACUUUCAUUUGAAACCAACAUCAAAAUAAUCCGUCGGGGGGUCUAGAGCAACUUUUUUUUGAAGUUUUUUUUCGUGAAAACAUAGAUUUUACAAUAGAACUAGUUCAUAUUUCCAUCCCUAGAUGGUGCUUUAGACAUUCGAAGUACACUAAAAGUGAGAAUCUGAUAGAUAUUUUAAUUGUCUACAACUUUGUUAACAACUAAAAACCGAUUUUAAAUUAUCCGGAAAAGUUGUUUAAUAUUUUAACGAAGUCUAAGUCUAAGUUAGUUUCACAGAAACCCUAGUGGUUUGUAAGUCAAUUCACACGCACUUUUUUCAUUUGUCAAAUACCUGUCUUUAAAGUAUGCGGAAUGAAAUUUGGACAACGCUUCCAGCAUUAAAACAAAAAUCCAACCCUGCGCAAAGCACCAUUCUAAACGUCAUAUCCUAGGCACACUUAUUUCGAAUAUCCAGUGUUAAUUUCGACCCACUAGGAGAUACCAUGUGAACAAAAUGGCAGCGAACGCCCUAUCUGGCACUUAGCUAUUAUGCCAAAAAAAGUUUUGGUGUAUUGGAGGAUUAUGGUAUAUAUUUUGUACAAAAGCCUGAUAUCCCUCCAAAUGUACCACAACUGCGUCCAAAUGAGGUUUUUCGGGGAUAAUUUGAAGCAGAGAGUAAAUGCUCAUAAAUUUCGACCUAAAACUAACAGAAAUGAUAAUCAAAAUUAAGAAAGAAAUUAAAAAUAUGCCAACAUCAAUUUUUUCGACUCCUUUGCAAAAAGUUCCUGCAAACUGUCGUAAAGCUUCUCGAAUGAGCUCAAAUUUUUUUCUACAUUAAGUUAAAAAGCUGACAAAUGUUUUCGUUUUCGUUUUUGGGAUGAAAAGUUUUAGAUAAGUGUUGACCAAACUAGUAUGAUAUUAAUAUUUUUUCCAAGUUGGUGAGUGAUUCCUCCCGCAGAAACAGAUUUUUCAAUCAUGUAUGCUUUCUUUUUCAUUUUUUCGAUUGUUCUCGGGGAUGACUGAUAACUAUUCUUGCAUGAACCUCCUACUUUGUUAGCAUCUUCGUAUAAAAUUCGCUUGUCCUGAACUUCAACCUUUAUAUUUGAACAAACUCAAUGAAACUGUUAACACCAUUGCUAUAUUUUGCGAAUUUCAUUGCAAUACUUGGUUAAAAACGCUGAUUAUCUUUUUCAAAAUUAACUCAAUGUGACAAACAGUGAACAAAAAACUUUGAGGUUUUGGAUCAAGAUAUUUUUUUUUUGGGAUAUAUUCGUGGAUUUGUACUGUUUGUACUCAAAUCAUAUUUUGUUUUCAAAAAUAAUACAUUUCGCAUAAUCUAGGAUCAAUUGAUUAACGAUUUCUCACAUAAUUGAUAGGAAAUGGCCGUAAAAUCCAACUGCCACAAUAUACUUCGCGGAAAAAAUUUGAAUGAAUCGUUUCACGCUAACCACUAAUUUGGACAGUUACUUCUGUGGUUUGCGUUCAAUUAUAAACUGUGUGUCCCAACAUUUCGUCUUGAACAGAAUUAUUAUAGCUGACUUAAACGAUCAUAACCUAAAUUAUGCGACGUAUGGUCCUUUCUAAAACAUAAAUGUAAGCAAACCCUUGUAACUAAGCAAUACCUUCCGAUGAAUGGUAGUUCCUUCGAACCUAUCGGGAAAGAUUACAAACUUGAACCAAAAGCACAAAUAGUUUUCUGUCUUUGUCAAACAUCCUAAUUUUCAGAAGGUCGAUAGGAAUUGUCAACGAAGAACUUGUAAUGAAUCCCGUCAAAUAUUUUCAUGUCACUACACCCAAUUAUUUUUUGGUAGUGAAAUAAGUGCGAGAAAAUAUAUAUUUCCAAACCACUAGGCCCCAUGUGAAACUAUCUUAGAUAUAAUCGUUAAAAUCUUUAACAAUUUUGCCGGGUGAUUUCAGAUCAAUUUUUAGUUGUCAACAAACUUGUAGACAAUUAAAUUUUCUAUCAAAUUCUCACAUUUAGUGUUUUCAGAAUGUCUAAAACACCAUCUAGGGACAGAAAUAUGAACUAGUUCGAGUAGUAAAACCAAUAUUGUUACGAAAAAACUUCAAAAAAAAGUUGCUCUAGACCCCCCGACGGAUCAUUUUGAUCUUAGUUUCAAAUGAAAGCGGAAAGUCCAUUCUUUCAUAUUCCGAAGUUUCAGAGAUGCUGAAUUUUUUUGCAUAAAGUUGUUCUAAUAAAUGGACCGUGAAGAGACUAAUCGAGACUACCAACUCACGAAGAAACUCGUAAAAUGCUACGGUAGAGUGUGUACUAGAUCUAUUGAAGUGGUUGUGAUAACACGGUCCCUUAUGUUCUACCAAUCUAAAUGAAUCAAUUUUAUGAUCUGGCCUUCUAUCAGGCUCGUAAAGUUGGUAGUAGGUAUUUAUUGAUCGUUGCUAGGAUCGUUGUCGCAUGACUUGCUAUUGUUUACGAGCAAUAUGCAGUGUUCACCUAUGCAACGUCACCGAGAGCGGAGAACCGACCGGCAAAAUGAUACGAAGAUGUGUGAAGUGGAGUUUAGGACCAACCAUACAAGAGGAAUUAAAUUUGAUUCCGUAAGUGCGAAAUGGUACAGUGAACAGUUUACCAUUGUUGUGUUAUUAAGUCUUGAGUAAUGCGGUUAGUAUGCACCAUUAUACCCAGAUUAUGAUUUUGUCCGUGUCCAUGGAUUCCAUAGCAACAUAGAAUCCGUAAGCGAAUGCACUUCAUUACGUACGAAACGUCAUCAUAAGGAUUCACACAACUACGUUUUCCGAGCUUAUGACAUACACUUUGUGCGCCUUUAUAUUUGUGUUGCUGCUUCUUCUGGAUGUAAUGACGUGGGACGUUAUGCUAUUAUUAAUGCUGAUUUUUUUGUCGUAAUGGGCAUAGAUAUGUCACUAGAAAAGUAUUAUCAUAGACAAAGCCGGAACAAAGUCCAGUAUUCAUUAACAUUAAAGGGGGGUUAUACUCAGAAAAUCUGUUCUAAAUCGAUAGUGUUGCGGACGAGUCGACGACGGAAACGUAGGUCUCUGUGAUGGGUUGCUUCCAUAAAAGACUAUCUCUACAAACAAUUAGCGACGGAACUUUGCUCCAAUAAAAAGUUUUUAAGAUAGGAAACAGCAUCAGGUAGAUAACGUAUUCCCAAAAUCGUGCUAUCGCGGACCAUUUCGUAGAUAUUCCGGGUUACACAACUGCAUUGUCAGCACUUUUCAUAUCAGAACAUUCGGAAUUUGCCUAGCAGAAGUAUGGAACACAUCUACUUGUCAGAACAAAACAACAUCAUCCACUAAAGAAAAGCAAAGUAUCCUCGAUUAUCAACGCGUUUUCUGUUUGACAUUUCGAGGGACUAUUACAUGACUUAGGACCUCUUGAGUCAUGGACAUCUCGUUAGUCCACCGUCUUAAUUAGUCUCUGGAAGAAGUCCACUUGGCGUGUUUGUCUUGGAAGUGCAUUAAAAUUAAGUUGUCCCAGUAGUUGGCAUCUUUAAAUGUUCCCGUAUUAGUAUGUUGAAAUUAAGCAUUCGAUUAUGUUUGAUCCACUUGUCAGCAAGCAUAGGUAGGUGGAUUAAUACGCAACAUUGCACAUACACACAAAUAAACUGGGUCGGUUCAAAAUUAGAGGCGAAGAGUAUAGCUGAUGAAGUAUUUUUGUACCUAUUGUACUAAGCUUAUAGUUACAAAAGGACCAACAGUCAUUGCAUAGGAAUUUCAAACAUUGAUUUCCUGUUAGAGAAAACAAUACAAUUUUUCUUCAGUCGUCUGCUUCGAGUCGGAUGCUGUUAUGACCCGCUCCUAACCUAAUAGGACAGACCCUCGUGAUAAACCGCUCUCAACAUGAAGCAUAGAAUCAGCAUACGACCGAACAUCUCAUGGCAGUUGGUUACCUAAGUCUGCUCUUACCCUAACCGGUGCCACGAGAUCGUGGAGAUAGCACUCCUGUAAGAGCAUCUAUUCGGAAAGUGGAACAAUUAUUUAAAGACAACUGGAGCUUAAGAUGACACUUUACACUCUGUAAUUACACCAUGUUAGAUAUGCCGUACUGAACGCAAAUUGGACCGUGACCAAGCAGUAUUAUUUCCUUCGCGAACAUGCAACGUCGUUGAUACUACGUUUUUCUGGGAAACUUGUUAGAUCUGCCCAAGCCUGCUGCCUCGCCAAAGGACCACACCUCACACAGGUAACUGAGACCUGCGAUAUGGCAGUUCAAAGAUUGGUUUGAUAGAGGUACAUAAGGCGCUGGGAGUGAUAUCUGAAGUUGUGUCAGGAUUUUACUGGAUACCACGCAUCACCAUAGAUAUGAUCCGUGGCAAAUUUCACAAACAUCACAACACCAUUUAAUAGUCUCCAUAACUCAUAAAAAGCACCAAAAUAUGGGUUUUAUAUGAGAUCUACCGGACCAUCGUGAUAAUAUUUUCAUUGGUUAAACCCAUUUCGAACACCUACGCUAAGCCCUAUCAGCAUGGGGGUAUUGCGGGCGUUUUAAUUUCGUGUGAUUUGAAUUGUAAAGUCAGGUAGUAAUUAUUUGGUCUUUCUACUCACAUUAUCGCCAUAAAAUCCUCUCCUAUAUACAGGGUCCGGCACUCGAAGUGUGACCAAUUUAAAAGGCCACAAAUUCGGUUUGGGCUAUUAUUUUUAUUUACUUCAUAGUACAAAUUGGGCGAAAAUAAUAAAAAAAUCAUAAUCAAUUCACCUUUGCUCGAUAUGGCCACCUUUUACCUUGACUAUGGCCUUGCGACGGUGAAACACGAAUAGCAAGCUGACCGAAUGGGACUUUCCGGUAUUUUGACCCACUCUCGGACAAUAGCUUUCUUCAGCGUCUCGAGGCUGACGUAUUUUUUACUUUGGACCUAGCUCACCAAAAGGCCCAGAGAGAAAAAUUCAUUGGGUUCGCGCCUGGUGAAUAUAUAUUAGAGCCCCUGUGUGCUCAAAAUGAAGUUCGAAACGCUGUUUUUCAGUCAUUCUUGGUACACUCGCGCUUUGUGAUAUGGUGCCGGGUCUUGUUGUAACCACCAAGGUCUGCGACCGACAUGUCUGUCUGCCCACGGCUUCAAAGCAGCCUGCGAAACACUUUCCCUGUAAUAUGUCGCAGUUUCUUUGACACCAGGCUCGAUGAAAACGAUUGUAGAGCGCCUAUCUGCGGUUACAGCGACCCCAACCAUUUGUAGCGGGCGCUGCCUCCUGGUGGCCAACCGAUGACUAAAAUUUUCAUAUGAAUGGCGGGUCAAGUAAAUCAUAUCGUUUUGAAAGUUUACGAUUUACUCAAUUUGAAAUUUUUUUCGUCAGAAAACACUAUGUUCGAAAUUUGAUCGCUUUCAGUCAAGCAACCCACUUCGCUCUCUCAAGUCUAACUUGUUGCUGCUUCAGUGUAAGAUAAAGGGUAUUUUGGAGCUUAUAAGACUUGACCUUGAGCUCAUUUUUUAGUGUGCUUCGGAUGCUGCAGUCGGAUAUUUUCAGUUGUUUGGACAUUUGAUUGGCACUUCGUAAAGCCAUUUUGCGAUGCUACUAGUGUUAUUAUAUGUUAAGUUGUUUGUGGUCCAGCUAAAUAUAAUAUACGCUUUCUUUUAAAUUCCAUCGCUAUUUACUUUUUUGCGUUCAUUUUUGACGAAAUGCUUUUGUACGCUUGCAAACAAUAUUUCGAACUGCCAUUUAACUAAUUUAUAGACAGCUGAUGCUGCGCGAAUGGUCUUUGGUAGGUUACACUUCGAGUGCCGCACUCUUUGUAUCAACGCUGUCACUUUCAACCACGUGAUUGAGGUGGUUAAGCAAUACGAAACAUUCCACCUAACGAUGAUCACAACUCAUUGAUACUCAACCUUGAAUUCAAUAUAGUAAAAUUUAAGUUGAAUUGACCUAAUUUUGUGUAUACCCCAAACAACUCAAAAGUACCUUAUUCCACAAAAGACCUCGACUGAGUCGAACCUCUCGUUUUGUUUUUGACAACACUAAUAAGUGCGAAAGCGACGCACAACUCAAAACUAAGUUAAAAGAACUUAUUGUUUGGGUUGUUUUAUUUUUCCGUGUACCGAUAUAAUACACGAGUCAACAAUACGACGAAUGCUUCACCCUCAUCUUGCUGCAUGAGAAUGAUGAACAUUGAGCGUUGCUUCACUGCAUACUACAACUCGCGAAGCGAAGGCAUUACGUCACUUUACGUGGUUUAAUAUUCCUAGAAAAAUAAACAAAUUGUAUGUAAACUCAAUGAUAGUAAUGCGGGGAAACGUUUACAAUUUUUAGCAAAUAACUGAUAAAGAUUUCCGAAGUUUUACAAUAAAGAUAUACAUUACUAUGGAAAGUGUUAUUUGCAUACAAAAAAUUGCCCUAUAAAAGCAGUACCUACAUUUAGAAAAUUAUCUUCGUCAACAUUGUUUAUUCUGAAUUAUGUUGCUUCACAAAUAUCAGCGACCUGUGAAACAUUCAACAUGUUGUUGCCUCGCGAAGAGCAGUCUUUAUCUGGCACAUAUUUUCAUAAACUACUUAACUAAUGAAGAAGCCGGCCGGUGCGUGCCGCUACAGUUUUCACCCGAGACACGGGCAUGAUGACGAAUAAGCGUAAAACUUUCAUUCUCAUAUUCAUUGCUUCACUUUCCAAGCCCAUAUUUUUAUUUUUCGUCAGUUUCAGUCAUAGCGGCAAGAAUAAACAGAAUGAUUUCUUUGCUCUUAAGACAAUGCACACUAAAGCAUGCGGCUCACUCUAUUCGUUGGUAGCUCUGACUCAGGCAGUUAUAGGAAUUGGACUAAAAAGGUCAGGAUAACAACGUUGAAGUUAAUAUACUUGGUGAGCUUGAGAAAUAAAACGCAUGCAAACUAAUACGCAUACCUUUGCAUAAAUAAUUAGGGUAUUUUUGUAUUCUAAUUGACCAUGGCGCCACAUAAUUUACUCAAACAGCACAAAUAGACGAACUAAAGACGCUAAAUAAAGAACAGUUUGUGUUGCAAUAACAAACAAUACAUUGGGCGGGCAUAGCGUAGUUGGUAAAUCUAUUUCCUUGUACGCAGCUCACCUGGGUUCGAUUCCCAACCCCGCACCCGCACGUAUAGUUAUUGAUUUUUCAUACCCGAAAAAGAGGUGAAAAAUAACCUCUAUGAUCAAACAAAAAACAAACAUUAAUAAGCAUGAGAUUUUGGGGGCUUUCACCAUAUUAUUCUCAAACACAACGCAAUCAAAAAUUAUCUCGCUUCGGUAGCGCAAAAAGGAUAUAUGUUAGAGAGACUCAUCGUAAUAUAUUCCGCUAGAAGGACGAAUAAAGGCCACGAAAUAAACGUAAACACUUUCAACCGAGAGGGUUUUCUAUAUUCUGAAGGGUGCCUUUUAUGUUCAAUUCGAUUUGUUCAAUACAAGUUUACUAAAUUAAUCUUGAUUUGUGAAAUAUCUUGAAUCGGAGGCCUUUGCCGAUUAAGUGUCACUAAGUUUUGUGUGAUGUUGUUGCUCUUCCUUUCGUGGUCAGAGUAUUCCAGAAGUACCUAUUAGUAAAUUUCUCUCGUGUAAUCGCACUUGUAAAUGUAAUUUUAAUAUAUUAUUGAUGUUAUUAAACUAAUAUAGUACAUAAAAUUAGAACAAUGCUAUCGCCUUCAAAUGCCAAUAACUGUUCAAGUACCUGAGGGAUUUGCGGUAUGUCUAAUGAUCUGCACCUGAAGCCAAUGUAUUCUUACAAGCAUUCCCUGAUUAGCAAGCUUUCACUCAUUUUAUCCAUUCGUGUGAGUUUCCUAUUGUAUAGAAUCCUUUAUUCCUAACUUAAUUACCGAUCGUAACAGUAUGCAUUAGCGAGCCAAUCGAAACAUUCCCCCUAAUUUAUGUAUAGAUAUUCCACAAAAUGUCAAUUCUUUCCAUUGAACCCCUUCCUUUUCUAUUUUGUUCUCAUCAGUUCUUCUCUGUUUAAUUAAAUACAAGAAAUAGGAUUGCAAAAUAUUGCUAGCAAAGUUGAGAGAUAGAAAAAGAGGGAGAGGGAGAAUAAAUUAGUCUGUGAUAUAAUCACAACCAGAGAUAAAUUGGUCUUAUUUUAAAAUAAUUUCAGUGGUUCUUGUUUUUAUUUCUGGCGAUCUUCAGAUUCGCUUCUUAAAUCACUUAGUUUCAUGUAAAUAAAUUUUAGUUUCCGUUAUUGUGUUUGCAAUAUUAUCGAUUGUUGAUUUUUAUUACAAGCUAGCAUUGAUUUUAAUCUACCACCUAAUCUUUUACUUUACAAAUAAGCAAGCAACUAUCCCUACCGGCCUCUGUGUUCAGGGGAUCACACGUGUGAGUAGCCAAGUAUUAUAUUAUACAUAAUAAUGACUUUGUCUGGCAAAACAAACGUAAGAACUAUUUCGGUUUGGUUAUACAACUUUUAUGUUAGUAAAAAUGAAAAAAUCUUUAACAUAAAGUGUUUUAGUCUAAGAUUUGUGAAUAUACUGUUAUUUAAUUUUAUGCCUUUAAAAGUCAGUUUCGAGCAACCGCGACUAUGAGAAACCAGAAGAUGUGAAUUAUUUUAUUUAUACAAGUAUCUCGAUGAAUGAUUCCUUGGUAUGUGAAACUACAGUCAAAGAAAAAAUAAAUCUUCACACAAUUCAA